GCUUAUACUGUUUCUUAUUUACUUAUAUGAAUAUUUAGAGCCCAGUGAAUAAUGCUGCAUUGAACUAUACCCUAAGAUGAACUAAGAUCCAAUUCAAUUAAACUCUCCAAUUAGCAUGGUUUAAAAAAAGGGAAGUAACAACCAAUUUUACUUAAUGUUGCCACCAAAUUGAUGAGAAUCAUUUGGGAACUAUUCUUGAAGCCCAGAAAAUCUGUUUGGUCAAUAAAAUCCUAACAAUUCUCUUAACUUUUAUAUGUUCUCUUAUUAACUCAUUAUAAAGAAUAGAUUUGUCUAAAGAUAUUUUCGUUGAUUUAAGUACUCGAUUUUUAAAGUGGAAUGAUUUUUAUUACAAACCCUAUAAUUUUUAAAACUUUCGAUCUUGCUGUGAAAUAAUUCAAUAUGAAACAAUUUACUUCUUUUCAAAGGUAUUAAUUUUUUAUUUCACCUUUUUUUUGGUGCUUUCAUGUUAUGGAUGCUGCCUCACUGCACUACAAAACCAACUUAAUAAUAAUCAUUUGCCGCCCAAAUCAUUAUUAAACUUUUUGCUCUCUUUGAAAAUAUGUGGGGAAAUAAUGAGAUUUUAACCAAGGAUUUUGGCAAGAAUGAUUAUAUAAUUUUUACUGGAUCUCAUAAUGUCAAAUGAAACUUUACCACCUAGAAGACAGUUCACACCAGAGGAAUGGACAAAACUAUCAAAUUAUUUUGUUGGAAACAACUAUAGAUAUCGAGAAAAUAUUGUAAUACCCCGAAACUUGGGUCCAGUACAAAUAAAAACCAAUGAGGAGAAGAUGGUAGAAGCUUUUUUCGAGAGCUGCCCUUUUAAGGUUAUUAUGAGUUGUGUUGCAGGGUAUGGCUUGGGUGCAGUUAUAGGUCUCUUUUCGUCAAGUAUCGGACCGCAGUCCGUGACAAAUGUGGAAACCCAAACGGCUCGUCAGGUUUUUAAUGAAAUGAAAACCACAACUUUAAGUUAUGCCAAAAAUUUUGCCCUUAUCGGAGCUCUUUUUUCUGGAGUUGAGUGUACGAUAGAAACUAUGAGAGGUAAAUCUGAUUGGAAAAAUGGAACCUAUGCUGGAGGAGUUACUGGUGGCAUGAUUGGCUUAAGAGCCGGAGUGAAAGCUGGGGUUGUUGGUGCAAUGGGUUUUGCAGCAUUUUCGACCGUUAUAGACUAUUACAUGCAUUCAAGGUUUUAGACACUUAUAGUUUUUUUUAGUUUAUUUAAUUGUGAGGAAUUUGUUAUAUUUAUGUUAAUAAAAAAACGUACGUUUGAUAAA